UCUUCUCUUACCUUUCAGCUUGCUCGUUAUUCAUUUUCCCAUCAAAUUUCUAACAUUCGGCUCACGCUCGACGCUAAGCAAAUAUUCCAGUAUCAAUUUCCUCGCGUCGAUUUACAGAUUGAAACCUCUAAGCCCUCUAAACGAUUCUAAUCCGCGUAACGAGAACACCUGCGAUUAAAACGGGCCGCACAAGGGGUGAUUCACCCUCUGACGAAAACUGUUGAUCCGAGAUCGCUAUCGAAGGGACCUCGAAACGAGCCACACGGUGCCACGGUUCACCUUCCAACGGUGCAUAUAUAAAGACGGGAUUCACUUUCACUCUCGUUUUAGUCGACCGUCGGCGAUAUUCACCGGUGAGGCUGUCCAAAGCAACAACCAGACGAAAUCACGCCUUCUCGUGGAACGAUGGCGACCUUCUUUCUCUUUUGUUGCGUCGCUAUUGCCAUGGUGGUCGCUGAAGAAGAUGGCUGGGCAUGGAAGCGCAGAGACGAACAGGAGAGCGACGUCGAUAGAACAAGUUAUAGGUACCAGGUGAACGAGAACCUCGAGGAUCCCGGCCACGAAAGACCUUUGGUAGGAUUUAGACCACAGAGCACCGGACCUUACGGUUCUAACAGUAGACCCAUUGUGUCACCGUCGUAUCCUGGCAACAAAGAAGUUCUCGUCGGUCCUGGUGGACCAACAGGCAUUAUAAAAAGACCUUCCUACACCGCAAAUAUCGACGAUGGCGAGUUGGAAAACGGUUUCGUGCCAUCGUGGGUGAAGGACGAUCCUCGAUAUAGAGAAUACGACACUUGCAAAUGCAGAUACAGCUUCAAUUGCCCCUCUAGCGGAUUGAAAUUUGGAAGCUGCUCCAAGGAUAAGAAAUAUUGCUGUUUUAAUAGCAGAAAGUAUCCAGCGUUGGUUUCCGGACGAUACGGACAAGGACAACAUCCUUCGUAUCCGGGUGGUCCUAACAAGUACGGACCAGCGACUUUCGUGCAAUCGCCGAACAAUUAUGGUAAUCGAAGACCCCAGGGGAGUUUCACUGGCGCUAACAGAUAUCCUGGAAAUUACCAUUUUCCAGGGGAAAAUCCGGAGCCCUAUCCACGACCUCAAAAUUACGAUUACAACGACUUUGAUAUUUACAGUCGGUCCUUGAAGAAAAAUCAGACGCAAAACGCUAACGCGGAUGAAAAAGUUUAAGCUCCAUUUACACGAGGCUUUCGACGGCAACCUUUUCUCGCCUGAUCGAUCUUCCGACGGUUCUUCGCGUAUUUCCUCUUGUAAAUUCUUAAUAAGAUCGAUCUGCCUGAACGAAGAGUCGGAUCAAAGAGUUGGACAGCGUAUGAGAGGAAAUUAUUAAAAAAAUGUCGCGGUGUAGGAUGUUUCUGAAAAUGUUAAAACUGCCAAGAUAUUCGUUAAAUUUUUAUAGAAAAAAUACUUGAAUCAGAGAGAUACCUAGCGUUACUCGAUAUUUAUAUAUGCGUAGUUUCAAAUAUUAUUCGUAAUUCGUAUAGAUACUCUUUGGAUAUUUGUUUUCGAAUAUUUUUUAGAUAGUUUGUUUAUAGGUUGAAAUGGAAGACGCGCGAGCGUUUACGAUGUAGUUGAAUAUCAAAGGGAAAAAAUACUUUAACAAAUUGUUCUGAAGGAAAUGAAAUAUUUUCAGAAGUACGUACGGUAUUCACAAGGUAGAUACUUAGUUGUUAACCCUCUAUGUGACUCGGAAAUACUCGUGUAUCUAUACAAUUGCCUUUAAUUCUUAUUUAUCUAUCAUCUGACACGAUUUAUCUGACAUUGUAUUUCACGCAUUACUCGUCUGUAUUGUAUUUAUUUUUAUCUUAUUAAUUCUUUAUCGAAAUUUACUAACACGAUUCGUUUAGUGCUCACGUAUGUAUUUGUAACUUUUAGAUUUUAUUUUAUUCGUCUACCUUACUUUAGUAUUUUAUUGGUAUAACGUUUUUUCGUAAAAUGAUAUGGCAAUUAUCAGUACCAAUUUUCAAACCAAAAUUUUAAUUUCAGUUUUCAAUAAUUGAUCAAAGCAAUGACGUUUCUCGUGUCGCGAGUGGGCAAUGCAUUCUGGUUAUAGAAAGUUAAUAUAAAUAAUAUAAUCAGUUAAAUUAAAAAAGAACAACAGCGGAACGUAAUUUUAGACGAGCAUGAAAAUUCAUGAAACAUUUCUCCUUAUUUUUAGCCACAGAACCCGCUGUCGUGGCUCCAAUCUAAAAAUCAUCGAACUUCCUGUUUUUAAAAGAGCCACGACGACUUCAAACACUUUUAACAAGAUACCAAAGAUUUUUCAUUGAACUUAUUCG